GUUCAAGUACGUAGUCUCACUUUCUCUUUUACCUUCUCCUCGCUCCGCUUCGCGUGACGAUGACUUGGACUUUUUUUUUUGCGAACUCUUACAUUUUUUUUUUAAUUUAUGCGCGAACACACGCACGCACAGUGCGCGUUUAUUAUCUAACGCGCGCUUAUUGUUUCCAGAUUCUGUCCUUGUUUCUUUGUUUUUUCCGCGCGCGAAUUGUGCAAUUCCGCGAGAGACGUCAGAUGCAAAAAAAACUUCCGUCUUUCGAGUGUUCGCUCGAAAGACGAUCUUUAAAUUUUGCUCCAUCACCGCCACUUGUGUCGUAUCUUAUCUCAACAUACUUGACAAUAGUUGCGAAUUUACGUAACAUUGGAUACUGUCAUCUAGAACUUAGAGCAAUGUUGAAGUAUUUUUAGAAACUUGAUGUUUAGUACCGGUUUCGCACCAUCUUUCAAAGACAAAAACUAGUCGGUCGAUCAAGUAUCAGUCAUGAUCGAUCAGUUUUGUCUUUCAAAAAUCAUGCCGUGCCCGUUUCUGACCAAUUUAUCAGCGAAUUUCGUUCGCAACUACGGCUCGUCCCUGCUGAUGAACUACAGGCAACAUUGUCCGGUGAUGUCGAAAUUGCUGAACACGAUGCCGGAAGAGAAGUCGCAGCCGAUUCCGGAAACAAUAGAGAAUCAGUGUCCGUUCUUGUUCAGAGAGCGAAACGCCGUUACCGAGGCCAGUCCCGCGGUUGAGGAGGACGUUAUCAGUGUGGAUAACGUGGAGCAGAAGGAGGAAGCGUCUUCUUUUCCUUACGAGACGUUUUUCCACGAACAAAUCAAACGGAAGAAGAACGAUCACUCGUACAGAGUGUUCAAGAAGGUGAAUCGUCUGGCUGAAAACUUUCCCACGGCCAUGGAGUAUUCGUGGGGCGAGAAACCUAUCACCGUAUGGUGUUCCAACGAUUAUCUGGGUAUGUCGCGUCAUCCCGCGGUAAUCAACGCGGUUCGGGAGGCUCUGGACAAGUUCGGCGCGGGCGCUGGUGGCACAAGAAACAUUUCGGGCAAUUCUAUGGGCCACGAGAUGCUGGAGAAACGAUUGGCGUUGUUGCAUCAGAAAGACGCCGGUUUGCUUUUUACCUCGUGCUUCGUCGCCAACGACUCCACUUUGUUCACCUUGGCGAAAAUUUUGCCGAACUGUCAUAUAUUUUCCGACGCCGGGAAUCACGCCUCGAUGAUACAGGGCAUACGAAACAGCGGGGUGCCCAAGCACAUAUUCCGACACAACGAUGUGAAACACUUGGAGGAGCUUUUGUCAAAGGUGGACAGAAGUAUACCGAAGAUCGUCGCGUUCGAGACGGUUCAUUCAAUGACCGGUGACAUAUGUCCGUUGGAGAAGUUGUGCGACGUGGCGCACAAAUACGGCGCGUUAACGUUCAUCGACGAGGUCCACGCGGUCGGUCUUUACGGCAAUUGCGGCGCCGGUAUCGGCGAGAGAGAUUGGGUGCUCCAAAAGAUGGACAUCAUUUCCGGGACUCUGGGAAAAGCCUUCGGCAAUGUGGGCGGUUACAUUGUCGGUUCCUCGAGUCUAGUCGACAUGAUAAGAAGUUACGCGGCCGGUUUUAUUUUUACCACUUCUCUACCGCCAACUGUGUUGUACGGAGCCUUGACAUCCAUCGAGAUCUUGGCAUCGGACGAAGGCAGGUCGUUGCGGUCGAGUCAUCAGAAAAACGUGGCCUAUAUGAAGUCUAUUCUUACUGCCGCAAGUCUUCCGGUCGAACCGUCGCCCUCUCACAUCAUUCCAAUAAAAAUAGGAGAUCCGUUGUUGUGCAGUCAGAUAGCGGAUUACAUGUUGAAGAAUAAAGGUCACUAUGUGCAAGCCAUAAAUUAUCCGACGGUCCCGAAAGGUGAAGAAAAAUUGAGAUUAGCCCCGACCCCGAAGCACACUCCGGCUAUGAUGGAUAAAUUCGUGAAAGACAUGCUAGAUGGUUUUCAUCGAUUGAACAUACCCAAAGUCGAUAAUAACAAAUCCAAAGAAUCACCGCGAGCUAUUCUUGUUCAUUGACGUUGGGUACCAUAUAGCAUUACAAUGUGAAUAUUGUAAUCUUUUUACUUGAAUGUUCCGCAUUCUCAACUGUGCUUUUAAGAAUGAAAUUGCUAAUAUGUAAAUGUCAAAUAUAUCACGGUUAAAUAAUAUUUAACAGAAGUUUAAAUAAAGUUAACUUAUAAACAA